AUGCGCCUUAGCUCCGCUUGGCUGGCACUCGGCAUGUGCCUGUUUUUGCACCCAAAUGUGAACUUCAACCUGGCGGAGAGUGCCAAAAUCCUUGGAGUAUUUCCAUACCACUACAACUCCGCAUAUCUGGUGGUGAGGCCGUGGAUCGAGGCACUAGUGGAACGAGGGCACAAUGUUACCUUGAUCACACCAGAUGGUAUGCUACCCGAUUUGAAGGGAGUUCGACAUAUUCGCGUGUACAAGCUGAUGGAGCGCAUUCGAGAAUUUAUUGAGAAUGAUCAAGUUCUGGACUUCUUGAUCAACAAAUGGAAGGAGGCCAAUUUGGCUGCUACAAUGUUUUUCAAUAUAACCCAAGAUAUUCUAAGUGACAGUGGCGUUCAAAAGAUGCUGAACGACAAAAGUGAGCGCUUCGAUCUAAUCAUAAUGGAGGCGAGCAACCUGGACGCACUGUACGGCCUGGUGGAGUACUACAAUGCCACUCUAAUUGGCUUAACAAGUACAAGCAUCAACUGGUUCAUUGAAGAGCUGGCGGGAAAUCCAGCGCCAAGCCUUAAUGAACCGAUUUCACAAAUAGGUUACUCCAGGGAUUACUCGAUCGUGAGUAGAAUUAAAAACUGGAUUCACAUCAACGAGGAAAAGUUGAUGGAGAAUCUAAUAAUUUUACCAGCUCAACUGCGGGUCUUUAAAAAGUUCUUCGGGUAUUCGGCAGAGAAGUUCUAUGAAUUGCGUGGCAGGUAUUCGCUGAUCCUCGUCAACAAUCAUUUCAGUUUGGGCAGAGUGCGAUCCAAUGUUCCCAAUCUCAUUGAGGUGGGUGGAAUUCAUCUAAGCCAACGCCCAGAACCGUGCGAUGAGAGCUUGCAGAAGUUUAUGGACGAAGCAGAGCACGGUGUUAUCUAUUUUUCGAUGGGUCUGGACAUAAUGGUAAAAUACCUUCCGGAAACCCUGCAGGAAACACUGCUUAUGGCCUUUUCAAAGUUAAAGCAGCGGGUUAUUUGGAAGAACGAGCUCUUUAACAUGCCAAACAAAACUGAGAAUAUAUAUGCUAUUGACAAAGCACCCCAACGACAAAUUCUUGUGCAUUCUAAAGUGCGCCUCUUCAUUACAAAUGGAGGACUCCUGAGUGUAAUAGAGGCGGUGGACAGUGGGGUUCCGAUGCUCGGACUACCGGUGUUCUUUGACCAAUUUAGCAAUUUGCGUUGGGGGCAGCUGGCGGGCAUGGCCGAGGUCCUGGACAUAAACAAUCUAAAUGCAGAUACACUUACUAAAACAAUUGUAGAACUGAUUGAAAAUCCUAAAUACGCCAUGAGGGCCAAUAAAAUAUCGAAGACUUUUAAGGACCGACCCAUGAGCCCAUUGGAUACGGCUGUCUGGUGGACGGAGUACGCUUUACGGAAUCGGAAUAUAUCCCUCAUUCGCCUCAAUGUCGAUGAGAUUCCGCUAAUACAUUACUACAGGAUAGACACAAUAGUAACUUCCUUUUUUCGGUUUGGAUUGAUUGCUGUGUCAGUGAUAUUUUUCGUUUCAGUUUGCUUAAAGAAAUACGUGUCAAACGGCUUAAGCUAUCGAUUGCAUUUCAGCUAA